AUGUUCAGGAAUUCUUUGCUUAAGACUUCAGGCCUUCUCCGUAGGCCAUCGCAUCUCAACAGAACACCGUUCGUGCUGUUUAGAAACUUAUUCAUCCAAACAGCAGACACUCCGAACGAGCAAGCGUUAAAAUUUUUACCUUCCAUGCAAAUAUUGAACGAAAAUGAAACCAAAGAGUUCUUAAGUGGAAGGGAAGCAGCUAUCUCACCCUUAGCGGUCAAGCUUUUCGCUAUUGACGGGAUUAAGUCCGUUAUGUUUGGAUCUAACUUCAUCACAAUCGAAAAAAACUCCUCAGAAUUUCAUUGGGCGUUACUUAAGCCUGAAAUAUUCUCUAUAUUGACUGAAUUCUUGACCAGUGGUCAAAAAUUGAUAGAUGAAGAUCAUCAGAGUGGUUUGACUAACGACAUGGCCAUUAAUGAAGAUGAUGACGAGAUAGUUUCUGCGAUCAAGGAACUCAUCUUCACUAGAAUCAGACCAGCUAUCCAGGACGAUGGUGGUGACUUGGAGUUUGUAGAUUUCCUACAGGAUGGUACAGUAUUAUUAAAAUUAAAGGGGGCAUGUAGAUCAUGCGAUUCCUCUUCUGUAACUUUGAAAAAUGGGAUUGAGAGUAUGUUGAAGUACUAUAUUGAAGAAGUUCAAGAGGUUAGGCAAGUUGAAGAUGAUCAUGUUUUGGACCCAGCUCUAAGUUUUAAAAGUGAGUACGACGGACCUGAAGUUUUAAGAGAAGAAGAAGAAGUAGAAGGUCAGCAUAACACCAUUGAAUCUGCUACUGUCAUAACUCCAAGCAGAAGAGGAGAAGCAUCACCACCAAACUUAUGA